GCCAGGACUUGUGAGAGAUACCACCACGGCGAUAUGGUGUUCUAACAAGGGUAUGACAGAGGCUGAAUUAACAGAAUAUUUGAAGGUUUCGUCAAGAAUUUGGUCUCCAUUCUACUUGUCACUGGAAGAAAAUCUAAUCAAUCGUAACGGAGUGCUUAACUUCUUCCACGACCACCUGAGGCAGGCCGUUGAACGAAAGUAUCUAAAUACGCCAGAACUUAAGCGACAGUGUUAUGUCGAUGUGGCGGAUUUCUUUAACAAGAAGGACAUCGAUGAUCGCUAUACGGAAGAGGUACCGUACCUUCUAUCCCAAGCCG